GCCAUGUUGAGUUGUAGUUUGCGGUGGAAAGUGUCUGAGAGAGGAAGAGAAGUCCAUCUGCUGUGUGUUGUGGAAAUAAGUUUGCAGCCAUAAGUGCAGCCGUCCGUGCGUGUGCGCGUCCAGGAGCAUCUCCAGCUCCAGUCCGAGCUGUCAAGCCCUCAUUACAGAGAUCCAUGGACAACCAGUGAGUGAGUGCAGCUGAUGAAGCUGUGACGAAGCUGUGAUGAAGAGAUGUCUGGGCUGUUUGGAAGAAGCAGAGCAGAGUCUGAGGAGGAAACGUCACCAUCAGCAGAGGACAACAAACGGCAUGAGAAGCUGCUGGACGCUGUUUUAGAAGCUGAAGAGCAGAUUGACCCAGCAGACGGCAGGAAGCCGAGGACCACGUUUGUGAAGAUGUCUGAACUCUGCGAGCUGAGAUCGCAGGUGAUGCAGCGACAACCUGCAGCUGCCGAGGAGACGCAGGCUCUGCCGGAGGAGACGCAGGCCGAGUACGAGCUGCAAAACUCUCGCCUGAAACUGAAGGUGGAGAGGCAGCAGAGGCUCCUGGACGCCGUCUUGUUGCCGGAGGUGCGACUGCACAGAGUAGUGUGUAAAGAGGAGGUUCCCCCUGAGCAGCUUCAGCGGACCCCCAGUCUGGAGUUUGAGCCCCCACACAUUAAGGAGGAACAGGAGGAACUCUGGACCAAUCAGCAGGGAGAGCAGCUUCAGGAUAUCACCAAGCUGCCGUUCACUGCUGUCGCUGUGAAGAGUGAGGAUGAUGAAGAGGAAGCUGAGUGGAACAGAGACGCCUGCCGCUCCAUUGGACAGAUGGAAACAGAAGAUGGUGGAGAGGAACGAGCCAGGAACCCAGAACCCUCCUCUGAGGCUGAGACUGAUGACAGUGAUGACUGGGAUGAGACCAGAGAAGCUCAGUCAGGUUCAAACCCACUGAGUGACAUCCCUCUCAGUCAUGACAGUCCUGAUGAGGGAGAGAAACCAGCUUCCUGCUCCAAGACCAAGAACAGAGGAAAGAGUACAUUCCCCUGCUCCCUCUGUGGUAAACAGUUUACCGAGAAAGGAAACCUCAACACACACAUGAGAAUCCACACUGGAGAGAAACUGUUCCCCUGCUCACUCUGUUGUAAAGUGUUUGCCAGGAAAAGAGACCUCAACACACACAUGAGGAUCCACACUGGAGAGAAACCGUUCGUCUGCUCACUCUGUGGUACAGCGUUUGCACAGAAAGGAAACCUCAACAAACACAUGAGGAUCCACACUGGAGAGAAACCGUUCCCCUGCUCACUCUGUGGUAAAGGGUUUGCACAGAAAGGAACCCUCGAGCUACACAUGAGAAUCCACACUGGAGAGAAACCGUUCCCCUGCUCACUCUGUGGUACAGCGUUUGCACAUAAAGGAACCCUCGAGCUACACAUGAGAAACCAUACUGGAGAGAAACCAUUUGUCUGCUCACUCUGUGGUAAACAGUUUACCGAGAAAGGACACCUCAAGCUACACAUGAGAAUCCACACUGGCGAGAAACCAUUUGUCUGCUCACUCUGUGGUAAAGGGUUUGCACAGAAAGGAGACAUCAACACACACAUGAGAACCCACACUGGAGAGAAACCGUUCCCCUGCUCACUCUGUGGUAAAGGGUUUACACAGAAAGGAAACCUCAACAAACACAUGAGAACCCACGCUGCAGAGAAACCAUUUGUCUGCUCCCUCUGUGGUAAAGGGUUUACCGAGAGAGGAAAACUCAACAGACACAUGAGAACCCACGCUUCAGAGAACCUGUCUUCCUCUGACAUUGCUCUUGGUCAGCUCACUGCCCCAGAUACUCUCUGCGUCGGUCAGUUCACCAGUGUGCCGGUGUACUUCAACGGCAGGAAGCCGAGGACCACGUUUGUGAAGAUGUCUGAACUCUGCGAGCUGAGAUCGCAGGUGAUGCGGCGACAAACUGCAGCCGCUGAGGAGACGCAGGCUCUGCCGGAGGAGACGCUGGCCGAGUACCAGCUGCAAAACUCUCGCCUGAAACUGAAGGUGGAGAGGCAGCAGAGGCUCCUGGACGCCGUCUUGCUGCCGGAGGUGCGACUGCACAGAGUAGUGUGUAAAGAGGAGGUUCCCUCUGAGCAGCUUCAGCGGACCCCCAGUCUGGACUUUGAGCCCCCACACAUUAAGGAGGAACAGGAGGAACUCUGGAUCAAUCAGCAGGGAGAGCAGCUUCAGGAUAUCACCAAGCUGCCAUUCACUGUUGUCACCGUGAAGAGUGAGGAUGAUGAAGAGGAAGCUGAGUGGAACAGAGACGCCCGCCGCUCCACUGGACAGAUGGAAACAGAAGAUGGUGGAGAGGAACGAGCCAGGAACCCAGAACCCUCCUCUGAGGCUGAGACUGAUGACAGUGAUGACUGGGAUGAGACCACAGAAGCUCAGUCAGAUUCAAACCCACCGAGUGACAUCCCUCUCAGUCAUGACAGUCCUGAUGAGGGAGAGAAACCAGCUUCCUGCUCCAAGACCAAGAACAGAGGAAAGAGUACAUUCCCCUGCUCCCUCUGUGCUAAACAGUUUACCGAGAAAAGAAAACUCAACAGACACAUGAGAUACCACACUGGAGAGAAACCGUUCCCCUGCUCACUCUGUGGUAAAGGGUUUUCCAGGAAUAGAGACCUCAACACACACAUGAGAAUCCACACUGGAGAGAAACCGUUUGUCUGCUCACUCUGUGGUACAGCGUUUGCACAGAAAGGAAACCUCAACGCACACAUGAGAAUCCACACUGGAGAGAAACCGUUCGUCUGCCCACUCUGUAAUAAACAGUUUACAGAGAAAGGAAAACUCAAACAUAUGAGAAUCCAUACUGGAGAGAAACCAUUCGUCUGCUCCCUCUGUGGUAAAGGGUUUAUCGAGAAAGGACACCUCAAGCUACACAUGAGAAUCCACACUGGAGAGAAACCGUUCCCCUGCUCACUCUGUGGUAAAGGGUUUACACAGAAAGGAGACCUCAAGAUACACACGAGAAUCCACACUGGAGAGAAACCGUUCAACUGCUCCCACUGUGGUAAAGGGUUUGCACAGAAAGGAAACCUCAAGUUACACAUGAGAACCCACACUGGAGAGAAACCGUUCUCCUGCUCAUUCUGUGGUAAAGGGUUUCAACAGAAAGGAGACUUCAACAAACACAUGAGAAUCCACACUGGAGAGAAACCAUUCGUCUGCUCACUCUGUGGUACAGCGUUUGCACAGAAAAGAACCCUCAACAGACACAUGAGAGUCCACACAGGAGAGAAACCUUUUAUCUGCUCAGUCUGUGGGAAAAGUUUUGCACAUAAACAUCGCUUCAAUUCACACAUGGUGAUCCAUGCAGAGAAGAAACCUUUUCGUUGCUCAGUAUGCGGUAAUGGUUUUACCCAGAAAGAGCACCAGAAAACCCACAUGAGAAUUCACACAGGGGAGAAACCAUUCAGCUGCUCCAUCUGUGGGAAAAGUUUUGCGCUUAAACAAAAUGUCAACACACACAUGGUAAUCCAUGCAGAAGAGAAACCAUUUAGCUGCUCAGUCUGUGGUAAAGGGUUUACACGGAAAAGUUGCUUCAACACACACAUGAGAGCCCACACAGGGGACAAACCGUAUGUCUGCUCAUUCUGUAGUAAAGCUUUUAGUGAUAAACGUAAUUUAAAAGCACACAUGAGAGUCCACACAGGAGAGAAAGCGUUCAGUUGCAGUGUGUGUGGGAGAAGUUUCAGCACGAGUGCACACGUUAGAAAACAUAAGGUUGUGUGUGAGCGCAGCAGCAGGUGAGGCUGCAGAGCUGCUGGUGUUCAUUUGUCCAUAUGUCAUGGCAUUAAUUAAGGUUUUGUUCCAUGUCGGUGUAACAGAGCCAUUCCAGUGAGCCAACAUGCACAAGACCAGGGCCUGAACCUUAAUUCAUGUCAUCAGUAACUCCUGCGUUUACGCUGCUUUUUCAUGUCAGCACGGCUGCUGUGAAUAAGGUCUACAGCAACUGUCUAAAACUGUGUUGUACUGACGAUGAACUUUUCCAGAAGUGGGGAAAAAACAUUUCUGACGUAAUAAAUUACCUCUUCUGA